AUAACGCUGUUAUUUUAUUCAUUUGGUCGACACGAGAAGAUGCCCUCUUCGGCAUUAGCCAGAGGAAAGCUCCUUCUUAAGAAGAAUAAUAAUAACGGGGAGGAAGAGGAAGAGGAGGAGGAAGACGACGACGAGGAGGAGGGUGUAGAACGUCGUGUCGAAAAUAGAACGUUAUUUCGACUGAGGAGGAUACGUUCGUUGAGGUUCGGGCAUGCGGAAGAUAUCAGCAUGUCUCAGGGCUCGUCGUUGUCGAACGAUUUGGACGGGACGAUGUGUGAUUUGGAAGGAAAUCAUCAACAACAACAACAACAACAGCAUCCUUGUCAAUGUUCAACGAUGAGUGGGAUUAAUUCGAUCAGAACGCAACGUGAUAGAACUGAUAGAAGCGUCAUGGGAAGUACGAGAAUUUCGAAUAAUCAGGAACUACCGCGAGGAUUGGAAACGUUGCAGAGUGCAUUCGAACCUUUGAGAAGAUUGGACAGCCCAAUGUCUCAUCAGGAGACAAGAAACGUUGAGAUUUUGGAGCAUCAAAACACGCCAAUGUCGCGACACGCUAGGAAUGUUCCAUGUAGUCCAAGAAAUUUAGAUCUCUCGCGAAAUCUUGCCUUUGAAGCAGCUAGAAGAGUUCAGGAAUCAUCGAGUUUGCAGGAAAGUCGACAAAGUUUGACAUCGAGUCCUAGUCAUCUUUCGGAUAGCAAUUUGAAUCCUAUGGAAACUUCAUUGUCGUCUAAAGAAACUUCGGAAAAACAAUUGGACGAUCCGUGUGGUUUAUCACCUAAACAAAACAUUUCAAAGGAUAAAUUGAAAAAUAUCCAACAAGUAUUGAACACAUAUCAGCAUCAUCGUAUACCUAUCAGCGGGGAAUCUAAUACACCUGAACGAAACGUUCACGGACAUUUUCACGGUGAUUCUCACGUGCAUUUGCACAAGCAUAACGUCGAUAACACGAGAACUAAUGUGAAUUUAGAAGCAAGCGAGGGUCUUAAAGGAUUCCAGCAGCGACAACAACAUAGCCAUCAUCAUCACGGAACGCCAAAGACCUCUAGCGUGACUCAUCAUCACGGGUCGGCGAUGAUGCACCAUGCGGGGGGACACCAUCAUGGAAAUCUUGGUGGCGGGUUGGUCGGUCAUAUACACGGUAACCCUUCAACGAGUUUAAAUGGAUCUGGUAAUGGUACAGCGACGAUUAAUCAUGGGAAUACUGUGACCGGUGUUAAUAAUUCAAACUCUCAUCACCAUGGAAAUCCUAUCGCGGCGGGUACGACGACGACUAUGACAACGACGACUAUUACCAUUACGACAACUACAACGAUGAUGUCCGCAGUAGCUGGGACAACUACCACGACAUCGAUCAUAGGACAAAAAGGUUCACCUUUGACGAGUCAUCGUCAUCCAACCGUGUCGAGUGCAAUGAGCGGCACGUCUUCUAACUCGAGCAUGAUGAAUCACGGUGGAUCACCGAGCGUACAUCGGCACGUAUCGGUAAACGCGAGUGCCAGUUUGUCGGCAACCCCAUUGGUUGCCAGACAUCAUGGGAGCAGUUCGACCGGUAGCUUGACAGGUCGUUCGAGUGUCAAUCAUCAUCACGUGAGUUCUGGUAUCUCGUGUGAAUCUUCAUCGUCUAAUGCGAAUACAAGGACUCACAGCAGAUUGGAUCACGUUCACGAUCACCAUCAUCUAUUGCAACAGGUGCACUCUUUACACCCUGAUUCGAGAUCGAGAGAUAGGGCAGCCUCGUUAGUUCAUCCCCUCGAUGAACAACAACAUCAUCCACAUCAUCAUGGGCACGUUCAUGCACAUGGUCAUCCUCAUUUGCAAAACAACGAUACCAAAAAUUCAUCCCUGAUAAGAAUGGACGCUAUACAGGUGUCAGCACCAUCGAAGAGUAGCAAGUGUCAGUGUCACGCUGUACAACAGGGUAACAGGAACAAGAGAAAUUCUGAGGGUGAGACUGACGACAGUGGUGGAAUAGUUGAAGUAACGUCGAGAACCCAUCAACCACCGGCUUUACCACCACGACCACCACCCAGACCAACCAGACGUUAUGAAACAACAUCCACUGAUCAAUGUCAUACUGGUGAAGGUGGGUGCUGCAAGAAAUACGUUGUUCUUUGUUGCCUAUGCGGUGGUCUCAGCGCAGCAGUUGGUAGUGUCUUUUUGGCGGUACAUGCUGUCCUUUCAGCCCACACGGCCAGUUUAGCGUUAUUCGAGACUGUACCAUCUUACAUUCCUGGUAUAAUGUUGAUACUGAUGGGAUUAUUCACUAUGCUUUUGGCUAGACGAAAACAUAGAUACGGACUUUUGAUGAAAGUUUGCGGCUCGGUUGGGGUCGUAUGUGCAUUGGUGUGCGUUUUGGUGACAGUUACAACGACAGUAAUUCACAUGUCUCGAUUGCAAGGACUCAGAGAGUGCGUUUAUACAGCAAGAGCCAGGUCGUGCACGUGUUAUGGUGCACCGCAAUCUAAAGGUGAUCCAGGUGUCCUGUUCGAAGGUACACCACAUUGCGAAGCGGUACACGGUGCACUUUACACCUGUCUGCGUGCACUUUUCGGUGUAUCUGUGGCUGGUAUACUUGCCUGUAUAUUCUCGUGCAUGUUGGUUUAUCAAUUACUGAGUCACGAAAAGAAAAAAAUGUAUUGGGAACAAUUGGAACUAAGAUGUAGAUCGUUGUACGGUCAAGGAGGCCCAGUAGGGCCACCGACCGCAUCCUGUGGAUGUUGCAACGAUUGCGGCGGGGCCAGUCCGUGGUGGGCACAAACCCCAGGCAAUCUCUACACGCCGAAUCCUGACUUGGCACCUUCCAGACGGUGGCGAUUACCUUGGUCCAGACCCAGAGGACCAGCACCGAGCCCAGACUCAAAUUACGGAUUCCACACUCAAACGAGACAAACUGAGACCAACCCCGACAAUGCGGCUGGCCCUUAUAGCGUCCUAAAUUCGCAAUCAAGUGGUCCUUAUUCAGUUCUGAACACACCCAACGGACCCUAUACACCGAGUACAGCAUCCUACAGUGUUUUGGAGACACCUGUACCUCUAUGGGGUCCACCACCACCUUACAGCGAUCCUAACAGUCCAGCACGUAGACCACAAGUCGCGGAUACCAGGCCGAGAAUGAGCAAAAGGAUCGAUAAUUUUGACGGGAACGAAGAUCACAGAUCGAGAUCGACGAAACGUCCAUCGGACAAUUACGAAAAUGCCGAAGAAAUUUCUAAUAGUACAGACCCGGAAGGUGGAAACGAUGGAACGAUGAAGGGUAGGAGAGCUAGGAAACCUUUAAAGGGUGUCGAGAAUGGUGCUUUCCAACAGGAACCCAAUCCCGGUGGCAAACAAUCGGAAAGUGAAUUAUAUUUCGGUGAUGUUUCUUCCUGUUGCGGUCCCGAAAGUAGUUUCUAUGAUUUGGCUGUUGAAAAAGAAGGUGCUGAACAUUCGGAAGGGGUGGAUUAUUUAGCAGCUCGUUUGGGCAAACGACAAUUAUCUAAACGAUCUAGACUUCCUCUUCCGUUACCCUCGGACGGGGGUGACAUACCUUCCGACAGUUAUGCCAACAGUGACGAACCUAGAAACACUAGGGGACCCUUUUUAGCACCGGAUGCUCAAUACGAGGUUAUUCAGCAAGCUCGUUACUCGUAUUACUCGCCAAAAGAAGACGAAGAACUCGACGAAGAGGCUGCCACGUCGAGUUACUUCAGAGAAGAGGAGAAUGAUCGUCCAAGGGAAAGGGAUUAUAGGGACUAUCACAGCGGUCAGGAAGAGGAAACACCUCAGUGUUGUUUGAGCGAUUCCACGACUUUGGAUUCUGGCUGGCAAAGUGGUGAACAACAGCAAUCGGACGAUAACGUUAGACCGGUUAACGUGUAAAUCGAUUGUUUUUCUUUUUAUUUGUUUUUUUUUUCUUUCCCUUUGGAAAUAGAAAAUCGAUAGGUGGUGGAAGAAUUCCCUCGUACUCGAAGAACAAUUUUGUGGAUCGUUUCAAAGUGUUAACAAUUUAUCGAUAGCUCGAUCGCAGAUCUUACUAACAGAUUUUAAUUAGAUUUUAAUCAUUUCGUUAUUUUUCUGACACCGAUUAUAGUCGGUGUCAGAAAAUAUCAUGAAGUAACUGCAACGAAGUUAUCAUUUUAUGCACAGAAGUAAGAAUCAUGUCUCCCAGACGUUGUUUUAAGGCAAACGAUUAGUAGAUUAGCGUUUGGUAAAGUGUUAACAUUAUUAUCGAUCUUUUUAUUCGUUCGUGAUAUACCCCUUUCGAUUUUUCUGAGACUGAAACGACGUUGCCAUAAUUUCAAAUUAUUCUUAAAGGCCAAGAAGAUGCGAUAUAUAGUAUAUUGAAAUAUUCCUUCUUUUCUUUCGUUUUUUUCUUCGGAUAAAAGAUAAGAUUUUAAUAUGUGGUUAAUGUGUGUAUGAGAAAUAUUAUUAUUAUUAUUAUUAUUAUAUUUAAUUUAAGUGAGAAUUAUUUUUCUCUUUUUCUCUCAACGAUUGAGACGUUCAUGAUUGCUCGUAGUAAUUGUUAAUAGUAUAUUUUAAUUAUAAUAAUCGUAAGAACACAAAUGACCGCCAUUUAUUUUCUUGACGAACAUUGUAAUAAUAAUAAUAAUAAUAAUAGCAAUGAUAGUAAACUUAUUAACUAAUGGAAGAAAGAGGCUUGUUGUGUACGAUGCGGCAGCAACGAA